GUUUUCAAUUCAUCAGGGCAGAGGGAUUUGUAUUUGCUCAUGUUGCUGAUGAAGGGAUCAUGAAUUGUUGCGCCGGGGAGUUGCUAAGAUACCGUAAACAAAUAGGAGCUGAUGAUGUCCAAGUAUUUACUGAUAUCAAGAAGAAACAUAGUUCACAUGCAAUAACUGCUGAUAUUAAUAUUGCCGACACUGCUAAGGCUGCAGAAUUCUUUCUCAGCGAUGGAGUUGUCGUCACUGGUGGUUCUACUGGUAUGGCUACUGACACCAAAGAAUUACAGGAUGUGCUGAAAGCUGUGAAUAUACCAGUUUUGAUUGGAUCAGGAGUAACCAUUGACAACAUGGAACACUAUAUGUCAGCCAAUGCUCUGAUUAUCGGCUCAUACUUCAAACAUGGAGGAUCAUGGGAGAAUGAUGUUGAAUUGCCGAGAGUGAAAGCUUUUAUGGAGAAGAUACAGAGACUUAGAGAAAAGUGAUAGAUUUCUUGAAAAAUAGACAAAGAUUUUGUAAGACAUUUCAACAUAGAACUUAAAGUGGGGGAGUCAUCACCUGCGCAUGCGUCUACAAACAAGCGUCUACCCAUGAACCUUUGCGUUUUUAGUAUUUUAUCGACGACGCUUGGGACUCAAUUCCCACGCGUGCGCAGGUGACGACCCUCCCGCUUUAACGAUAUUGGGUUUUACAAAAGACUUGUAAGAUGAGGAUAUGCAAGUGGUAUGGAAUUUAAGAAGUCGAUAAUUAUAAUAUUGCAAUAUAAAUGUACAUUUUUAAGGCGUA